UUUGCAUUACAUAACUACACACACUAAAUGAGGAUUCUUACAUCUACUCAUCAUAAAUUUAUAGGGAAGGGUAUUAUGAUUGUUACGUCCCUGCCUUUUUCAAAUGACACAACAGAAGAAUCAACAAAAUACAUCUUGGAUUCUUAAUUUUAAUUACAUCUCUGAAAAGAAUUAAAAACAAAACACGGAUGAUAUGAAUCACUGUUUACUGCUAACAGAUGGAUACAAUGAACAUGCUGCUAGAUUGUUAGAGAGCGAGAGAGAAAGAAAGAAAGAAGAAAAAGAGGGAGUGCAAUGUGUCAGCAGAAUGGUUACGACUUACAUAGUAUUAUUUCUUGCACUUCAACAACAACUACUUUACCACAACCUGUAGAGAUUUGUUUAUAAGGAGAUGAAUGUGUGUCAAACACAUGUAUACGCAAAACAAUUGUACAUGCACACACUUACAUGAAUGUGAAAGAACAUGUUGAUGUAUAAAUAAUUAAUAAUUAUAUAUUAUCUAUAACUAACUAAUACUGAUAAUGUAUGUUACAUUUUUCAAUACACUUAAUUAGACAUUGUUACGUGUGAUAAGAUUUAACCUAUAUACAUAGACGUUCAAAGCAAACAUAACAUACUCCAUACGUCUAAUUGAUUCACGCGUUGAGAAGACGCAUCCAAUAUUCGGUUCUUCCGAUCGUACGCACGGUAUUUUAUGUCUCCACUUCGAUCUCCGUCACAAUUUGCUGACAGUGGCAUUGUCGUCAUCGUCAUUUGUACCUGAAACAGUUUAGGCCAGAUAAAAUGCAAGCAGUGAAGAAUUAAAUAUAAGGAGUCCAAGAACACUAAUUGACCGAUCAGUUACCAUUUCAACGGAAGUGCGCUCGGUCAAAGUAAUUAAAGGGAAAUAAGCAGCACAUUGGCAUAGAAAUCACAGGUAUUAGGUUAUCACAUUAGACACAGAACCACUCUCACACACGGGUACGUGCGUACAUACAUAUAUCUAUAUAUAUAUACAUAUAUAUUUAUGCAUUUAUUUAAAAAUGGUGGCUUUAAGCGUGUAUGUGUCCGCUUCAGCGAUUGUUAUUCUUGCUGUGGUCCUCGGUGAGUUGUAUGUAUUUACUCUGGACAAAGAGAUCAGAGCACGCAAUCUACGCGCCCAGUUUCUCUGUUUUCUAGAAUGUGUUAUUCUUACUAUGUCCGUGAUUAUAUGGAGAACGUUUGGAAGUCGCCGGUCAGUGCGACCCGAUAGCAACUAUGUUGGCGUUGCAUCUGAUGCUAAAGAUGUUGGCCAACUUCAACGAAGGCGUCGAGAUCAAAACAUUCGCGCUAAGAUUGAGAAUGAAAAUACCUACCUGUCGCUGGCUCUGCGAAUCUUGUUGCUUUUUUACUUAGGAAGCUGUCAUUUAGCAUUUGCCUGCAACAUCUUUUUGAUGGCUGAGAACCCGCAUUGGUUGUCGAUGCUUACUUAUGCUACUUUCGGUUCGCUUAUCCAAUUAGUUACAGCACUGAUUAUUAUAGAAGCCGUCCAUUACCUUUUAAAAUUGUUCUCCAAAAAGAAAAAGCUAUUCCUAAUCAGCAGUCGUCGUUGGCGUCAUCUAAUUGUGGUCACUUACACUAUCUUUAUCUCUGGCCUCGGACUUUACCGCGCCGCACAAUUACCCACAGUCAAAUCUGUCAGCAUUCCUAUUUCGAAACUGCCGAAAUCACUUGAAGGAUUCCGCAUUGUUCAAUUAACAGACAUCCACUUGGGGCCGACAGUUGGUAGACGUAGGUUGGAAGAUGUUGUGGAAAUAGUUAACAGUUUAAAACCAGAUAUUGUUGUGAUGACAGGAGAUUUAGUUGAUGGCUCUGUGCAGAAGUUAAAAGAUGCUGUGGCCCCAAUGCAAGACAUCAAAAGUGUCCAUGGGAAGUUUUUCAUAGCAGGAAACCAUGAAUAUUAUACUGGGGAUGUUGACAAUUGGUAUAAUCACAUGAAGGAACUUGGUUACAUUGUAUUACACAAUACCAACAUCAAACUUCCUCGCACUGGUGUGAAAGCAGCUCAGCAGUUUUGUUUGGCUGGAGUUGAUGACAUUGAUGCUGUUCACUUGGGCUACCAUGGUCAUGGCCCUGAUAUCGAUGCAGCUUUGUCCAGCUGUGAUCCCACGCAACCAGUUGUCGUACUUGCACAUCAACCCAGAGUAGCCAAAACAAUUCUAGAUUCUUCUUACAGAGUUGACUUAAUCUUAUCAGGUCAUACACACGGUGGUCAAAUGUUUCCCAUGAUGAUAGGGGCCUAUCUUAUAAAUCCCUUCUUUGCUGGACUAUACCAGUACCAGGGACGCAGCUAUGUCUAUGUAUCUGAGGGGACAGUGUACUGGGGUAUACCGAUGAGAAUUGGUAGUUCUAUGGAAAUAACAGAAGUUCUUCUGACAAAUAGAUAAUAAAACGCAAAAACAAAAACAACAGAUGUGCAUCUUGUGAUCUCAAAGAAUAUCUUCUGAAACAAUCUCAAACAAAAGAAACAAACAAAAUGCUUUUGACAUUCGUUUUACCAUAAAAGAAAAUGCUACUUGAUGAUCUCGCAGGUGUCAGAACAGGAAUAUGACCAACAUAAACAGCAGCUGAUUCUAAGAGUCAUUUGCUAUGAACACUGUGAAAGUCAUGAGUCAACUAAAUAAUAGUAUUGUGUGUGUGUGUGUGGACACAUUUAUGUGAAUGUGUAUGUAUAUAUGCAUGUGUGUGUGUAUGUUGUAAAACAACUCCCAGUGAUCAAAGAAUAAUUCCUUUAUAUGAAUCGAUUAAGAAACUGAAACAUUCCAGAACAUUUCAGUGUUAUAUUGUUUGUAAAUUUUAAAUUAUCAUCUAUGUGUCCUAGUAAAUUAUUUCAUCUUGGUUAA